AUGGAAGCGGAGAUUGAUGAAGAUUGCAUGGACGAAGAGUCCAAAGGAUCGUCAUUGGAGGAAGACGGCGGCGUAGUUGUCAAUCAGACGACGGCGCAGGUUGUUCAGCAACCGAGGAUUGUUGUGCAGCAGCAAACGCCUAUAAUGCAAACCACCACAGUAGCUGCUGUGCACCAUUCUGUUGGGGGUAUUGUGACCGAGACGAAACCUGAGCAGAUUCCUGCAACAAAAGGCAUUGCAAAACUUGUAGUCGCCAAUCAUCCUUCAGUAACAUCAUGUGGUUUGGGCCUACAAAAGGUAGUGAACCCUCCCUUGAUCACCGUUCUCAACCCUACUGGACCUCUAACCGUCGUCAAGUCUCUUUGCGUCACAUCUGGAGUGUCUAGUGCUCCACAAUUCACGCUUGUUAACUCUGUCACAAAUGCUGCUAUGGGAAAAUCACCAACCAUCACCUUAUUAAAUGCUCCCGUUACUGUGGUUAAAGCUAUCACCACUGCUCAACCAGUAACAGAGGGAGUAGAGAAGAAUGGUGCUGAGCCGGCAAACUUGAAUAGUACCGUUACAAGUGUACCUGCUAUUAUAGAGAACCGAGGACACAACGUUUUCGUGAAGAACACCUGCUCAGAUACUUCUCCCGUUCCUGAGAUGCCUCAAAGUCACAAAUUGCUGACUGCAACGAAUUUUCCACAGACUAACGUUCUGACAAGCUUGAAUACACAGCAAAAGACAGUGAAUGGUCAACGUAGCAAACUCAAGAUUCUGAGCAACGUGGUGGUACCUGGCACGUCGCAUUUGUCAAACAAUGUGAUGGUCAGUAAACCGACAACAGUAACAUCUCUGGCUGCUGGUCCAGCUCAGUCCAUAGUUCCUAUACCCGCUCCUCCACAGCCAUUACAACAACGGUACAUGCCCAGACCGAAAAUGAUUGGACCAAAUGGAGCACCGCAAGCCAAGUAUCUGAAUAAGUCGGGAUCAAACAUCAAUCCCAUAAAGAAUCCGAGCUCGCCAAAUCCUACUACCCUGAAGUUGGUUCAAGAGAGAUCUUCUACGAGAAUGGUGUAUCCAACACACAAAGGACAGAUUAAAACGAUUCCUCCAGUGAAUAACUAUAUCCAAAAGAAUCAACAGGGUAUCAAGACGCUCUCUCCUCAACACAAGGGUAUACCCGCACAGAUUCAGAGAACAGGCACGGGUCUACGUACUAUCCCUCCGCAACGACCUGCCAAAGCAGCCUCAUCCUCCACCGCAAAGCCCAACUAUAUCGGCAAGCACGCCGUGCAGGCGCAUAAAGCCUCAGGUUGUCGUCCUCAGCACGCGCCCCAUCAUCACCACCAGUCGCACAAGCUAAAGACGGUGGGCGGUCAGCAGCCGACGGGGGCGACAUCUUCAGCUGGACCGAUGCCUCUCAAUGCGUACGGUUCUCCGCCGCCUCCGGGCGAUAAACCCCACAUCGCCGAGAUGACCUUCAAUCAGGCGCUGACCGCCCAAAUCAUCGAGACGCUAAGCAGUGGAAGCGGCAGCGCUGGUGCAGGUGGGGGGAUUUCUGGCGGCGGGCCACUCAGCGGAAAUGCGCAGAAUCAUUACGAGAUCAUGCCCACCAGGUAUCAUAACGCAUUCAGCUGCCCGGAGCCGAAGCAGAUUAGUGAACUACACAAACCAAUGGAGGAUAAAAACAAAUCGGGACUUGAUGCACUGUCGCUAAUAUGCCAAGCGGUGCUGCUCGACCAUAACUACAAUGCAACUCUACCACCAGAAUCACCAACUCGCCCAUCACCUCCUGUCAACAUGACAUCCCAAGUAAACGGACUCUCUACAACUUCAGUUUAUUCAGCUGGCAAUGUUAAACGUCGACCUUUGGUCUCUUCAAACUCUUCUACCGCCAAUAUAUCAACUUUAUCUUCUAUAGCGUGUGGCGGUGGUGCUACUAACGUAAAUUUAUCAACGAAGAACCCAACCGAAAUUGACGAUGACGAUGCUGGAUCCGACAUUUCCGACGGUUCUGAUAGGAAGCAUGACACUGAAGGCGAGGAAACCGACACCGCUCCAGAGGCCGAGGCAGUCAACAAUGACAAUUUUGACGGAUAUGGGGAUUAUGUUACUAGAUGUAUAUGUGGCUAUCUACACGAUGAUGGCUACAUGGUCGAAUGCGACCGGUGCAAGGUAUGGCAGCACGUGCAGUGCGUAGUGAAGAACCGCCAAGUACCAGACGAGUACCUGUGCGAGGUGUGUGACCCUCGGAAGCCGAUCGACCGACAACGCGCGCGCACCGUUCAGCAACAGUGGCUGCGCGAACGGCACCUGAUCGUUGCUGCGCAGCAACAGCAGCAGCAAAGUGUGCUAGGGGUACACCAGCAAGGUGAAGCUAUAGGUGGCGUGGGCGGAGGCGCAGUUGGAAAGAGGAAGGAGAAGGGGGUGACUAAGGAGACUAAAACAACAGCUGCUGCGGUCAAGGAGACAGUCAGCGAUACGGAUUCUUCAGAUGCAGAGCAUCCAGUGCAUAACAACCAUCCAAGCAAAAGCCGUUUGCAAAACAAAAGGAAGGACAACAAAGAAAUCAAGAACAGUGCUAGACAAAGACGAGAAGUUGCUAAAGAAGCUGCUCAGAGACGGCAGAAGCGCAAAGACAGGAAAAUCGUCCGGAAAAAGGUGUGCAAGACCAAAGCGCAGGCGAAAUCGCAUUCGGACGACGAGAAUCAAGAUACAUGGAGUUCUCAACUGCCACAGCUCCGUCAAUGGAUAGAGAAGUACGAAGAGGCAGUCACGAACCAUUAUUCUCCUGAACUAAGGGCGCGUAUAUCCAGCUUACGUGUGAAUGGCGCUCAUCAGGAACUAACCCAGGUUUUUGACCCCACGGUGCACAAGUGCCGAGUGCACGCUCAACCACCGAGUGAAGUUAGGUACUUGGUAGCAACAGCACACUUACCGCCUGAUACGCCAGUCAUCGAACUGCGAGGAAAGUACAUGUUGUCCACUCAACAUCGUAACGCCGGCGGCUCACUCAACACCAGGCAACAUUCGCAGCGUCCAGGACCGUUCCUAUUCUUCUACAGGUUGAGCAAGGAUAACACUGAGGUGUGUGUUGAUACCAGGACCUAUGGCAACAGCGCAAGGUUUAUCAGGCGAUCAUGCAAGCCGAACGCCGAACUAAGGCAUUGCAUUGACAAGGGCGUGCUCCAUUUGUACAUAGUAUCAACGGAGAUAGUUGAGAAGAAUUGUGAGCUGACUAUCAAGCAUGAAUCUCAUGACCUUGCCGCGAUCGGCACCUCACAGAUACCGUGUGCGUGCGGAAAUGCAGAAGAGUGCACGGUGAACAAAGGAACUGUCAAGAAGAAUGGAGAAGUGACAGAGGUGCAUAGCAGAAAGCGAAGAGGCAGACGAACGGUAUCUUCUAAUAACGCGCACGAACCGGAAACGGCGAAGCAGCUGAAACAGGAGCCGCCGCCAACCCCAUCGCCGUCCGCCCCCGCUGUUGCUUCAAAGCCCCGGACACCUUCACCUGUCAAGCUGGUUAAGCAAGAAAUAGUCGAUCCACCACCACCGGCUGUCACUGUCAAACAUGAACCUACUGUGGAUACUAAGCGAGAGGAGAGGGAAGACAGCGAGAUUGAGGUGAAAAAGGAGGAAGUAAAAGAAGAAAUCGAAUUCAAGCAAGAAUUGGUGGAUGCAUCACCUGCGCCGCCAGUAGAAUUUAAGAAGGAAGCUGAAGUCGCUGAUGUGCCAGAAGUGAAGAAAGAAAAGGCAAAAGAAGAAGUGAAAAGCCCGCUUCCACCCCCUAUCACUACCAGACGAUCGUCCCAGUACAAAUCUGACAAGGAAGACGAAAAGUCCGAUACCAAGGAGGAAAAAAUGAAAUCAAAGAAGUUGAGCCGCGAGGAACGAAAAUUGGAGGCAAUUUUGAGGGCUAUCGAACAAAUGGAAAAGGCGGAAUCCAGAAAACAAGAACAUAAGGAGAAGCAAGCUCAUCGAAGGGAAUCCGAGCCCGGUCCGACAACACCAAAAGAAGAAGACAAACAGCAAGAGGGACCGAAGGCUAAACGAAGAAGAAGAAAGGGCCGAGCGAGGACUGUGAGCCAAUCGGCGCGUAGGAACCGACUCAAUUCCACAGAUUCGUACAUGACUUCCGGAGACGAGAACAUGCUGUCGCCUAACGAUGACCACCAACAGCCAGAAAAGCCGCACAUGGAUAACCCGGAUCGAAAUGAUAAUAGAGCCGUCGGUUUGCUAUUGGCUUUAUCCAACGGUGACGUUACAAGCAAGCAUGAAAAGUCACCGCCCAGGGAGAUGGAUUCAAACUCCAAUUCGGCACAUUCGUCGCCUGAGACGCAGUUGUCAUCGGCCUGUCUUUUGGUGCAAGCUGCCGUUGAGCCUCUGGAACCCGGCUUCAAGUUUCCAAAAACCAAGAAAGGCCUAAUGAACGAGUGGCUGAACAAAACUCCUGAGCCCGUACAGUCGGCAAGCUCCAUAUCGCCGUCAUCUUUGAUGCCACAUAUCAACAACAAUUCGGACGAUGCGACCGGCUUCUACACACCAAACAAGAAUUUGGCGGCUUUGGCUCAGGCCGCCACCUACUGUGAUAACACGCCAACGAGAGGCAGUGCAAAAAAACGAUGGUUGCGACAGGCGAUCAGCGAAGAUCAUUGCGAUAGUCCUUCCAGCAGGCCAGAUUCGCCACCUAUAAGUGAUACGGUAGCGCCGCCCAAAAAAAGAAGAUUACCAAGAGAGUCAUUAUCAAAUGAUGCCUCUCCUCCAAGUACUCCAACAGAUGUCACAACUUCUGUAAAUGAUCGUCCAGAAGGUCACGUGGAGAUCGUGUAUAGCGCCGCGGACGGCGAUAGCCCCACGCAGACACUGGAGUCCGACGCUGUGCUGAAAGAACGUGCAGCAAAAAUGAAACAAGAGUUCAGCAUGAUCCAGUCUCUAUCGGACACGCCUUCCUCCAUUAGGCAACCGCCCACAGGACUGGGGUGUUUGAUGGAUCCGCGUUUGACCAGGGAGGGCAGCAUGUUCUCAGGCGCGGAUCUCGUUGGUACGGUGGAGAAGACGCUUAGCAUACUGGGCUUUGAGAAUGAGAAACAGGAGCAGAAGGAUACUACGCCUAAGCGGAAAGUUAAGGUGAUGGUGUAUUGCAACAACUUCCUGAACGGUCCUGUACCACGACGAGAUCGCGCGAAGCAAUCGUUACAACUCUAAAAAUGGCACUUUGCAAACCCAGCAUAUUCCAGGUCCGCUUGGGGUAGGCUUUCUCGCUCCCAAUAAACGUUCUGCCACCCCCAAAGCAUCGAGCGAACAUGAGAAUCUGUUUUGGAUAACUUCGAGAACGCAAAAAUCCAUCAAGAACUGUUGUCGCAACAUACCAGUUGGCUAUAAAAAUCUUCGACUACGAAUGCUGCAUCUGUAUUGUUCAUGGUUCCGAAGAGCGAAAAGUAGUACUUUGACACCUCGGGGGCAUCAUGUUAUUUGUCCCCUGAGAAAAUAAUAUAAGACAACAGUUUCGCAUUGAGGUGGCGUAGCAUAACAUAUGCGCAUGUCGGAUCUAAUAACAAACCGAGAGAAGCACCUGAAAGAAAAAACUUGUGGUCAACCUGUUGAGUAUCAAUUAUAAUUAUAUCUUUGCUUGGGGAGGCUGGACGUCUUUUGAAAGCAGUAAUGCUUACUCCAGAGGGUCCUGUACUUUGCUGGUUUUGUACGGUGCCAUUUUUAAAGUUGUAAUGAUGGCUUCGCAAGAUCUUGACAUGGUACAGGACCGUUCGGGCUAUUGCAGUCACACACUGUAUAGUAGCAGCAAAAUACAAACGAACUGACACCUGGAAGUUGUCCAUAACUGAAUAUAGACAAAGAAAACAGUUGACCACCAACGAUAGAAGUGGAGAACAUGAGCAUGAACAGGAACAGGCCAGCACGGAAGAGAAUAACUCAUCAGAAUCGUUCAGACAGUCAACCACACCAAUACCACGAUCUAGGACGGGAAGUACUAGUAGCAGCACAUCACUAACGUCCAGUGACGAUGAUAUGCCCUUAUCGGAAUUACCUGUAAAAGCACCUGCAUUCAAUUCAGAACCUACUGAACUUGAACGCCAAAGAGAAAUCUCAAGUUUGAGGUUGAAAAAAGCAUUUGGAUUGCCUGUAGAUGAACGACGACCAGCCCUGAAUGUCGAGACAAUUCUAAACCUGGAACUGGAACCAAAAACGAAGCCUAUUGCGCUACCCAACCCUACGUUUCCUAUACCGGGCAGCGACAUUGUACGUGAAGUGUUGGCGCUUGGCAAAGAGGGCAUCGCCGUCACCGCAACGGCGGCGACCGCCACCCUUCCAUCUCAAAUUGCCGUGCUCCCGACGCCAUCCGUUCCGGAGCUCAUUGCACCUCCGCCGCCCCCGAAGGAGUUAACGCCGCCCCCGCCUCCGCCACCUCCGGAAGAGUUGAUGGAGGUCGACGAACGUGGCAGUGAAGAGGGUGUUCAUGGAAAGCAUCAGAACGAGGAGACGCCAACUGAAUCGGCGGAAAAUCAGGAGACAGAAGAUGGAGAAGCGUCAAACUUAUUUUAUACGCCAGAUGAAGAAGAUGGCAGGCCUGGGAAGGAGCCUAGUGUUGAAGAAACUGAGAGUAUAAGUUACGUGCCACCGUUCAACAAUCCCGUAUAUCCGAAUGACAGCUUUACUACUACAUACACGACAACCAUUGGUGAGUAUUGAGUUGAAUUCAUUGAGGAUUUUUUUUUUCAUUUUGUAUUGGGGAACAAUUUGGCACGUAUGAAGGAGUUUUGUGUGCAGUUUCAGCAAUAUUCACUUAACUCUGCUAGUAUGUGUUGCUGAAUUCUUUGGCGUAGCAAAUAUCUCUACACCAGAGUUUUACCAGUCGUCAAUUCGGUUUAUUAAAAUACCCUAUACGUAUUCCACUUAGCAUCUUCAGGGGAAGAUUAAAACUAACGUCAUAACAUAAAUAAUAGCUAAUACAUACUUAUGCGCGGCCGACUGUAGCCGUAUCACCAAAAGUUCGUAGUGCUGCUACCCGUCGGAAUUACAUGUCACGUCUAUUUUCUCGCAACAUACUUGAACAAUCUACAACCGCUGUUGGAACAGCGAAUCCAUACUUUUUGGGUAUAUCAUGAAACGCAAUUUUGCCAUUGCUCAUUGACGUAGGAUGUGAAACUAAAUAUCAAAUUUGUGUCGUAUUGUCUUCUUUUUCGUACUGCUAACUCAUGCAUCAUACAAACAUGUUGAAUUGAUAUACUCCGAUAAUUGCACCAAAACCACAGCUGUUCAAUAAAAAGAACAUCUCGCGUCGCUUGAGUUCUAAGACAGUGUAACUCAAAACUAACAACUUUAUACGAGAGCAAAAAGAACUGUGGGUCUUUGGAUUCGCUAUCGAAUGACA